AUGGUGGGGAGGACCUCGCACCAUCACGAUUUAGCACCGCAUCUGGCGUCGAGGACGAGAACGAGGACGAGGACGACAAGUGACGGCAGCGAAAAGGGCGUCGCCUUCACCAGCAAUGAGGGCAGUGCUCAAAACAGACGGGCGGCGUACGACAAGCGGGCGCGCACUCUGUCCAUGAGCUCAGAAGAAUCAGACGUCGAGUCUGGCGACCACCACCUGCUCUCCGCGUCUUCGAUCGGAUAUACCGACACCAUGUCCUCAUCGGGCCAGUCGACGGCCAUGACGUCCGCUACCACCUACGAUGACCGACCGGGCGUUGAAAAGGAAACUGCGACCGCGACCGCGCCUUAUGCCUACCCUAGCCUUUCCCUGCUCGAACUAGUCUCCAACACUGCCUCGUCUUCUGCACUGCCGGACAGCUUCGACGUCAGUGUGUCGAGAAAGGGCGGAUAUGUGGCUGUGUACUCGUCCUCGAAUCUGUUCUUGAUCAAGACGGUGCAGCUGCCGCGACUUUGGACAAGGACGCUGCAGGUCAAACGAAAGCCCGUGGCCAUCGAUGUCACCGAAGAUGGUUUUUUGCUAGCGGUGCUUUCGAGACCAUCGCAAGUCGAUCUAUACGAGAUACAUGGCGAGGGCGAUGAUCAGAUCACCAAGAGGCGGACCGUUAUGUUGGUACACGAAGCUAGCUCCGUCGUCAUAUCUCCAGACGCACGCAUAUUGAUUACGGGGAACAAGUUUGGCAUCGAAGUCAUUGCCAUUGGCCCAGAGGUGCCUGAGACGACACGGCGCACCCUUUCUGGACCUGCAGGCGACGCUCUGGAAUUCUCAGAUGACGGCCGAACGCUGCUUAUCACAGGCUAUGCCCGAAAGUCGGAUGGUUCGGCCUUGUUCGUUCUCCCUGGCCUCUACGACGGCCCGCUUACGGAAGAGGGAGAGCCGAUUCCCCAACCUCCGGAAACGGCCUGGACUGGCUCGGUGCUGUUCCCGGAGACAGCGCGAAUUGCACGACAGGCUACAUUACUUCCCGAUGCGGAUACGGGCACGUUUAAUGAGCUGUUCGCCUUCAACGCCGAGGAGGACUCAUGGGGUAUCUACGAUAUUGCCUGUCAGCGCUUCACCCAGAGGAAGAUGUUUCUGCCUGACCACCAGCGAUGGACGCGCUCCGAAUUCGUCGAUGACGCCAUGCCGGCAGUAUCCCCGAACGCUGAUUUAGCCGCUGUCGCUCUUCGCAUGCGCGGGAUGACCAACAUCUGGAUCUAUGAAGUUCCAGGCUGGGAAUAUAAUCCAAGUGACAAGGAAAAGCAGGAUACUCCAAUCCAACCGUGUUUCUGCAUACCAAUUCCGAAAGAUGAUGCAGGUACACUUCAGGAGAUUUGUGCUCUACGAUGGGUCAGAAUGGACGCCAAUAUACAGCGACUGGUGGCAGUCGGUAACUCGAGCAUGCUUCCAGACGAGAGGGACGUUCCUGGUGCACCACUUGGCUCGAAAGGAGUACUCAUAGUGCUAGAUUUCGACAAGACAAAACCUCUCGGAAGUGCUCCCCCCACGCCGUUGAAGACAGAAUACGACCUGGACCCUCUUUGCCCUGGUGAAAUGCUUCCCGAAGGCUCGAUCGACUUUGAUCGAGAGGUCGAGUUGGUCAGGACAAGGACCAUGGCCCAGAGAAGAGCUCAAGAUCGAAAUGAAGUCUCACGAAGAAACUCCAGGAUUGGGUCUACCCAAAUCCACCGUGCGCGUACCUCCGCAAACCGCAACUCACUACGGCCACCAUUACCAACUGAUGAGUCGGAAGAGUUGACACCAGAAGAGGCACAGGCAAUGUUCGAGGUACCAUACGACAACCAGCAACCGAGGUCGCAAAUGUCACUGGCUAGGGCUGCCACUGUUGCGGCGGUAUCUCCUGCGAAUCGCCGACAUCUACGAGCACUCCCCUUGAGACCUUUGGAGUACCGCCGCGCAGACGGUCACCGCGAGAUGCCCCACGAAAGUGAUGCGGACAACUGGGUGCCACCUCCGCCAGCAUACACGACAACUGCUGCAGCAGCAGAGAGUGUCAGUCUCAGUCACCCUGAAGCACCCCCAGUGCCCCGGCUGCAUCAGAUGCAUUCAUCACCCUCGAUUCCCCCUGUUCAAAAACGUCCAGAGCCUCGCCCCUCACUUCCUGCACCCGUCCACGUAUCCCAGCCCGCGAUCCUCAGGCUCGAUACGAAGACGGGGCUCGACAACCCCAAUCGCCACCCGAGCAGAUGUCGUAUAUGCCAGGACCCCCGACACAGUCACCCAUACUCUACGAGUUCUACGCACAUGGUGACGCGCAGACCUACCAUUGGCCGUCCCGAGCGUGUUGUAGAAAGCAAUCUCGAUCUCUACAACCCGCCAGUUCCUGGUAUGAAUCACGGGCGACGCGGUUCAGCGCCAACUGUUCAGCGUCGGCCCGUGCCUACGCAUGGUACGCGUAUGAGUGUGCAGCAGAAUAUGCAGCAGCCGAGAGAUGGGCUGCCACCACUUGCUCCACCUGGACAGCAGUACACGUCGGGUCAGAGACUACCGAUCAGUGCGCCACCGCGAACAGAUCAAUCUUACGUACAUCCCUACAGACAUGCACAGGGUGGUUUUCACAGAGCAGCAUUGAGUCAUGGCAACUUACCGUUGGGAAUGAAUAGCUCAUUGCCCACGGUUCCCCCGCACAAGGAGAAGAAGGCGAAGAAGAAGAUUGGCUGCAUUAUCAUGUGA